CGCGGCUCGUCGGCCGCCGCGCGAAAAUUCUACCCUGCGUCCAAUUGUGUGCGAUCUCUUACCUCGGUCUCGUCGUCCCGCGAGACGAUCGUCGACGGCGCUAGCCGACGGAACAGGCCAGCCCGGAGAGCCGAUCUCAAACGAGCCACAACGACGGUUCGGAGCGGGCGUCCUCUCCUUUGAACGCAAAAAAGUACGAAAAAACAAGAAAAACAAAAACAAACACGAAUAAGAAGAGGGGGAAAAGACGGCGAGGAACGGUGAUAUUGGAGCGCGCGUGCGUGUGCGAGUUGGUGCGUGUGCCUCGAAAGGUCACGGUGAAUUCGAAGACGCAGAGCCUCCGUAGACGGCGUGGUUAGAGAGCGGAGGCCAACGUAGGAGGAUUCCGCGCAAAAGCCGGCUCGGCGACCCCCACUCGCUAACUUGUUGAGUCUCUGACGGGCAGGUGUGUGCUCUGCGAGGCCCCGGAACUCGAGCCCAGAGACUCACGAUGACGGACAGCAGGCUCCCGGCUCUCCUACUGUUGGUCCUGCUGGGCACAGGCAUCGCCAGGGCCGACGUCGUCGCGCAAACCACCAACGUGCACAAUGAUCCGCUGGUGGUCGAGACCACCAGUGGCCUGGUGCGCGGAUUCUCGCGUACGGUGGUGGACAGGGAGGUCCACAUCUUUUACGGGAUCCCGUUUGCCAAGCCGCCGAUCGGUCCGCUGCGGUUCAGGAAGCCGUUGCCCAUCGAGCCCUGGCACGGCGUGCUGAACGCCACCGUUCUGCCCAACAGUUGCUACCAGGAACGGUAUGAGUACUUCCCCGGAUUUCCCGGCGAGGAGAUGUGGAACCCGAACACCAACAUCUCCGAGGACUGUCUGUACCUGAACAUCUGGGUGCCGCACAAGCUGCGUCUGCGGCACAAGGGCUCGGAACCGCCGAGCAACGGUGACAGAAACGGGCUGCCGUUGCUGGUCUGGAUCUACGGCGGCGGAUUCAUGAGCGGCACCGCCACCCUGGACGUCUACGACUCCGACAUCAUGGCAGCGUUCAGCAAUGUGAUCAUCGCGUCCAUGCAGUACAGAGUGGGCGCGUUCGGGUUCCUCUAUUUGAACAAACACUUCACCAACAGCGAGGAGGUGCCAGGGAAUAUGGGUUUGUGGGACCAGGCAUUGGCCCUCAGGUGGCUGCGCGACAACGCCGCCGCUUUUGGCGGGGAUCCCGAUCUGAUCACCAUUUUCGGGGAGUCCGCCGGUGGAAGUUCCGUGUCCCUUCAUCUGAUCUCCCCGGUUACUCGCGGUUUGGUGCGUCGUGGGAUCCUGCAGAGCGGAACCUUGAACGCGCCCUGGAGCUACAUGACCGGGGAGAAGGCGAACAAGGUGGCCAAGUCGUUGGUGGACGAUUGUGGAUGCAACUCGACGAUGUUGCAGGAGAAUCCCGCCAGAGUGAUGGCCUGCAUGAGGUCCGUGGACGCAAAGACCAUCUCCGUUCAGCAGUGGAACAGCUACACCGGCAUCCUGGGCUUCCCGUCCGCACCCACCAUCGAUGGGAUCUUCCUGCCCAAGGAACCGUUGGAUUUGCUCAGGGAGGCCGAUUUCAAGGACACGGAAAUACUCAUAGGGAACAACGAGAACGAGGGAACCUACUUUAUCUUGUACGACUUCAUCGACUUCUUCGAGAAAGAUCAAGCGAGCUUCCUGGAGCGCAAAAAGUUUCUGAAUAUCAUCGACACCAUCUUCAAGAACUCGACUCAGAUCGAGAGGGAGGCCAUCACCUUCCAGUACACGGACUGGGAGCAGAUGAACGACGGCUAUCUGAAUCAGAAGAUGAUCGCUGACAUAGUUGGCGACUACUUCUUCAUCUGCCCGUCGAUACACUUCGCCCAGCUGUUCGCAGAUCGCGGCAUGAAGGUCUAUUACUACUUUUUCACACAGAGGACGAGCACCAACCUGUGGGGCGAGUGGAUGGGCGUGAUACACGGUGACGAGGUGGAGUACGUGUUUGGGCAUCCAUUAAAUACGUCCUUGCAGUACACCGACAAGGAACGCGACCUGUCCCUCCGGAUGAUACGGUACUUCUCCAACUUUGCCUAUUCGGGGAAGCCGACGUCCGACUGGCCACCGUAUUCGAGGGAUCAGCCACAGUAUUUUAUUUUCAACGCCGAGAGGACGGGCCUGGGCAAAGGUCCGCGCACUACGUCGUGUGCCUUCUGGAACGAGUUUCUGCCAAGGCUGCACGGAAUACUAGAUCCAGCGCCAGAGGCCUGCAACAAUGCGAUAGCGUCGAGCGUGUCGGCGGGAACGAAGGAUCUACGAAACUCCCUGGCGAUCACGGCGCUGUCGUCGAUCCUGGUGUUGUCAAGAGUAAUUUAAACCGUGAGAGGGAAACGGGACCCGUAUCGAUCGAGCCCUCCGGAUCGACACAGCCGCGCGGUUAUCGGCGAUUUCGUUUCACGGUCCGAAGAUCUCUCGUCGAGCGGUUAACGCCCCUCCGUUAAUCGUUGCGCGGAUCGAUGGAUCCUCUCCGACACCGUCGAACGUGUACUUUUCACCGAAACGAAAAGGGACAGGAUCUCGAUUCCCGGAUACGGACCAGACGAGAAUUUAACGAGGGAUUAAACGCGGGGGUUGUCGCCGUCGGCUCCUUUUUCCGUGGAAUGGUAACAGGGUGUCCCCUGUUCAUCGUUAACGGCGAGACAGAUUUAUUAGACCGAAGUCUCGGCUAGUAUUCGCCA